AUGGACAGAGCAACAAAUGAGAAACCAACAGAAUUUUCAGCGAGCAGUGAAGGGAGAAAAGGAACGCCUUAUCAGCGGAUUGUGAUUGCAUGUCCUGAUAACCAUAUCAUCAUUGUGAAGCGGCUUACAAACGGAGGUAAGAGGGAGAUUUUCUUUCUACAAACGUGGAUAUAAAUGAGAUUUAACGCAUCACUUUAUAAGGAAGGUGAAAGAAACAACUUGGACAAAGUUUUUCGACUGCUGAAAACAUGAUUUUCGUCCAAGCCGCUCCUUAAUGGCUAUCAUUUGAAUGGUCACAGCAAAGAAUUUCAUGACUGCAAACUAAAAAGAUAGAGCCACGUUAUACAGCAAAAUAAAUAGCACUACAGGAAAAUGCUCCUUAUAAGUUUUCAUUUUAAUGGUAGUACUUUAGGAUUUCAUCCACAGACUCAAGUUUUUGAACCACCUUGUAGAGCAGAAGGGUACUGCUCAAUAGCUUUCAUUUGAAUAAGAAAACCGCUUUUUACAACAAUGCAAUGCACUGCUCAUUAGCUCAGUUUUACCCGAUUUCACUUAGGACGUAAUCAACUAACUUGAAAGUUGGAACACCUUUAACAACAUGUCGAAUUCAUGGAUCUGAUAUCAACGCAACUUGACAAUACAAUUUAAAAGCUCUUGAACUGCAAUUAUUUGCAGAAAGGUACACAAUCAAAUUCAAAAGACAAGAGUUACACUAGUCACAACAUUGACUGAGGUAAAUUACUCGCAAUUUAACCAUUAACUGAAUAAAUUGUUUGUGUUUUCUACAGAAGUCAAAGUUGAAGGAGGAAGACUAGUGGCGGUUAAAAACAAGGAAGGACGCUAGCAAAGGUAAAUUUGUAGAUUUUAGUAUUUGAUAAAGAGUAUUGAAAGCAAAUAGGUAAAUGGCGAAACAAUAGUUAAGCCCCGUCGGUCAAAAUACCUGUAAUGCGAUGAGUGAUUCUAGAGUUCGAUAGUUCCAUCUGAACAGUUCACAGCUUAAUUGCUUUGUGGUUUAGUAGAUAUGAGAUACCACAACCGGCGAAUACAAAUAAAAAAGGGUCAAAUAUUGAGUUCAGAAGAGAAAUAGCGAGAAACAGACGGUGGGAAUUUUGUUCAAACGGGUUGCAUUGAACACUUCAGACAAAAAACAACUUACAAAAGUGAAUUUACAGGAGUGAUUUGGAAAGAAAUAGUGGCAAAAUAUAUUUGCGAAACGAAAAAGAGAAAGCCAUGAAGCAUCUAGUAUAAAACCUGAUUUGACACGAAGAGAUAAGUCUGUAAAACAAAGGUCAAUUCUGACAAAUAGGGGCUCAAGUUUUCACUCCUAGACCAAGUUUUGGCGAGAUGAAUUGUCGCUCUAACUUUUAAAUCUGCGGAUAAAUUCUUUGGCGUAACCAUUCAAUGAAGAAAUCUCCUUGGAGGAACUUUUGAAUAGUACUAUUUAUUUUAUAGGACAUUACAGAAUGAUUUCUACAUUUUCUGGUGAAUUUUCGUGCAUUGGCUCCUAUUAAUUAAGAGUGAAAGGGUUCAAAUGAGAAUACAGACCUUUAUGUUCGAGGACGAGAACGACUACGAGUACGAGAUUUGAUUUCAAGUUUUUUCGCGUAUUAUCAAUAAAUAGACACCCCGGAAUUCUUCAUUGUACUUUUUUUUCACCAGAAAAGUUAGCACUGUUAUCGUUAUUGAAGGAGGUUGAGUCCUCUCCAGAUUGCAAAAUGCUAAAACUUCUAACAUUUGAUAACUUGUUCCCGCCACUUCGACCCUCUGGCUAAAAUUUGUAGUAGAAUGACGACGGCUACCAUGUUUUCCAGCCAAAAUGACGUUGGUUCGCGCGCGAGCACUACUUACUAUUGAGAAAAUCCCGUACUCGUGGUCGUUCUCGUCUUAGAAUCUAAAGGUCUCUAAUAUGAAUUUCCGUUUAAUCUACGUAACAGUUACGAAGGCAAACUAGCCACUGGACAAAUGGCGUUAAACCCUUUAAGCCCCAGGGAUGAUCAAAAUCAAAUUUCUCCUCGUAAUAUGGAUGACCUAUAAAACAGAGCGGUGAUGAGAAUUAAGGACACGAACACACAAGAUGAAUUAUGUUGACACUUCAACACCUUCUCCCCACUUUUGGUAUAGGAAGUGUAUAAGGGCAACAAAUGAGAAUUUAAAUUUUGACAUGAAUGGUUCAAGCCUUUUUUUUUUUUCAAAUAACUCAAACAUUAAAAUAUUGGCUAGACGCUCUUCAUUUUUUGAUCCUACCCGUCAUCAGCCAUACACACAAAAGAGCGUUUUCACAUGACGUCACGGCGGCCAUGUUGGUGUUCCAAACCGGUCCUGUGGGAGUUGAUCUCUUUUCUUAGGCAAACGCUUUCUUUUGUUCCAAUAAAUUUGCAUAGACGCUGGUCACGUGAGUGAAAAUACUUUAUUAAACAGUUUCCUUUUUUGAGCCUUAACGAUACCUACAAACGUUCCAUGUUGUGGAUGAAUCUUUGCUGUAAAACAUGUAACUGGAAGAUCAAAAUUUACACGUGUAGAACAGUUUCGCUAGUUAUAAAAAGUGGGAAUUUUUGGUUGGGGAUGUUGUCCUCCAAAGAGAUUUCAGAAAGUUUGAAACCUGAUAAACAGAGUACCUCGUAAGUAGUUUUAACUUUUGACUACGUGGAUGAAAUCCUAUGGUGUCACAAUUCAAAUGAAACUUCUUUAGCAGUAUUUUCAUACGGUACCAUCUGUUUUGCAUGUAGUUCUAACUACUUUAACACGGAAGCAUCUGUUUUGUCUGUAGUUCGAAUUUUGAAUCUGUGGAUGAAACCCUAUAUAUAGUGCUACCAUUCAAACAAACCAUUUCAGCAGUACUUUCACAUGGUAUCAUUUUAAAAUUUAGUACGUAGUUCUAAUUUGGAGUCUGUGGAAGAAACCUUAUGGUGCGACCAUUCAAAUGCAACCUCUUCAAUAAUACUUCGUAUGGUGCCAAUUGCUUUUCAGUACUUUAACUAUUUCAGUUGAUUAUGGAUUUUUGUUAUCUGUAUGAACAGUGUUUGAAUAAAGUGAAUUUUUAUACAGUGGAGACAGUGGUGCUUUAGACAAUGUAGUAAAACCACAAUGAGAAACUCAAUGUUGAUAAUUAUUAUUUGAGGACACAUCAAGGGGAUCUGCUUAGAAGGUGGAUGGCUAUAAUCAUAUUUUUGUUGUACAUGUAAGCAGAUAAAAUUUAACCACAUUGAUAUUACAUUUAUCACAACUAGCAUGAACCACCAUCCCUCUCCCACUGUACACUAGAAAAAUGCAAACCAAACAGUCGAGUCAUAAAUUCUCGAGCAACAGGUACACAAAUCUGAUAUUUCCAAAUAAUUGAUCAAUCCUGACUCUGGUAGAGUGGAAGAAAGUGGACUGAGAAAAUCUGUUCUGAAAAUAUCUUUUCUUUUCUUAUUAGUUUAGCAUCAGGAAAUGUGAUUUUGUACAGUGUAUGUUCAACAGAAAUUAGACAUCUCGAGCUAACUAAUUUAGCUAAUAGGUUUACUGGAGAUCCCAAGAGGCUUCUGGGGAUGGGAGAAUGGAUCAUGUGGUACGAAAGAAAAGUCCACAAAGUGUUUUGCUAUUUUAAACAUAGUAAAACCAAUAGACCAUCAUAGCAAAUUUUAUUUUCCACAAAAAGUACUAUAGACAAACCCCGCUUUACUGACAACGCCUCAGUGUCUGUAUUAACCAGAUUUGACUGUGUAAUCGCAUAGAUGAAGUUAUAGGAGUGUGUCCACAGGGGCAAGGGCUGAUGGCUGGGGAGAAAGGCGGGGUGAUGGGUAGUGACGAAUAGUCAUUUUGUGACUGCAUGGAAAGAACCCUCCCUCCCAGAAACUAUUUCAGAAAAUUGCCGGUGAGAUGGCUAGUGUACAGUGGAUGAGUACAGUUCAGCUGUUAUAAAAAAAGUAUUCAGCACAAGACUGAAAUGUUAAACUGUUUCUAGACUCAUUCCAUAGCAUACAAUUUUGGAGUUAAUAGCAUAAAUAGCAAAAAGCAUAUUUCUAAUGGAUAGACGAUUUUUGAGAGAAACCAAGCAGAGAGAGGGUAGAGGGUACUGUCGUACACAGACCAUAUAUAGGCUAAAUGUAUGUGCUGCUUGACCACAGCAGGAUUAGCUCAGUCGGUAGAGCACUUAAUUGUAGAGCAGGAGCCUGAAGGCAUGGGUUCGAUCCCCGGUGCUGGAGCAAUACUCAGGGUCUUUAACCCUUUAAACCCCAAGAUCCAAAUACACAUUCUCCAGAUUGAUUUCCAUACAUUUGUUUUAAGAAUAGUUGACAGAAUUUGGUUUAAGAUCAAAUCAUUCUCCCUUUGGUAAUCAAUUUAGUAAUUCUCAUAACCUUUACUCUUAAUGAUCUGCUGAUGUUGUUAGGAGAAAAUUGAUGUCGUUCACUCUCAUGACCUAAAGGGUUAAACAGCUGAGAAAUUAAGGCACUGCCUUUGCCCUAAAAACUGCUCUCAGUCACCAGGCCCAUAUUUGAGCACAGGUAAAUUUCACAACAUUUCACUAACAGAGAAGCAGUAAAAUGUUAGCUAGCUAGAGGAGCUACUAGGACAAAAUAAUGAGGCCAUCAAAUAAUGCAUAAUAAAAAGAGGGCCAGAGGAAGGCAGGUGACUGAAUGCCACUUGUAUAAUGCUUACCAUAUUUUUUUUUUCAAAGAUGAUUUGUUAUCAGAACCUCUUUCAACUGCAAAACCCAGUGUCAUUCAUAUGUAGCUAUGGUUAUCAAACUUGACAUCACAAGAAGUAGACAUUAAACCCAUUUACCAAUGCCCAUUUACCAGACAUUGUAUUAGUAACCAAAUUAAAGAAAGGCAGCGAGAUUUAAUUUUAAGAAUAAUAGUAUGGACGAAACACCUCCAAUAACAUUUAGUCCAAGGCACUGUCUAGGGAGCCACUCUUUAUACAUAAUGACAGUAGACCGACCUGCCAUACCCAGAAAUAACAUUAAACAACAAAGGAAGAUGAAAAAAGAAAAAUAUCUUAGCUGACAAAAUAUCACAUUUCUAUAGCCAAGCAUUUGAUCACCAUCCUAAAUUCUCAGAUGUAGUAUUAACAAAUAUCUGUCUCCCUUGGUAACAAAUCAGUUGGGAAAAACACCCAACAAAUUAUCCCAGUCACCUCAUGCUACAGAAACUCAAGUCAUGCACCACACCUAAAGGUCGGUACACACUAGGCGACAAGUUGCGUCGACAGAUCACUAAGUCUUGGUGUGUACAGGUUCGGCAACAAGUUGCAGCAACAUGUUGCGGCGACACAUUGCAGCGACAAAUCGCUUCAUGUGUAAUGGGGAAAUCUUGUGAAAAUCUUUGUCUCUGCAACAGAAUUUUGUUGCUGCAACAAGUUGCACCAAUUGUUUGAUUUGAUUUUUUGCAACAUGUCGCUGCGACAAAAUUCUGUUGCAGAGACAAAGAUUUUCACAAAAUGUCUCCAGUACACAUGAAGCGAUUUGUUACUGCGACGUGUCGUUGCGACAUGUUGCUGCCACUUGUUGCCUAGUGUGUACCGACCUUAAGGAAUCAUGGUCCAAAUCUAACAUCAACAAAGUUCCACUUUUAAGUCAUUAACAAAAUUCAUACAGUAAUAACUCUAUUGUGUCUUUAUUCGCAAAAUAGCCUGUGACGACUUUUUAAUUUUAUUAUUUUAUCCCCAAAUCAGUAGCAGUAAGCACUGUGACACUUAUCUAAGUAAGCAGAAGUUGAGCACAAGCUAAAAAGUAUUUUCUUGUGCUAAUGUUUCUUUUAUCUUGACUCUUAAAUUACUGAUUCAAUUAGAGAGGGGUGCCACAAAGUUGAAAACAUUCAUCUCCCACAAAUGUGGCCUGGGUUGUGGGUUGAGUUUGUGUUAGUUCCCUUCUUUGCAGAGACGGGUUUUUUCUUUGGGUGUUCCUGGUGUAUUUUUCCUCUCUUAAACAAGAAAAAGCAGUGGCGGAUCCAGGGGAGGGCGACCCACCUCCCCCCACUAUUUUUAGACCAAACUGAGGCCCGAAGGGCUGAAAAACUUUUGUGGGUAAAGGGGGGGUGAAAAAGGGGGGGUAAAACACGAAAAUUGGAAGCGGGGGGGGGGGCGGGGGGGGGGGCCCGGGGCCCCCCCCCCCCCUUUAUUUUUAGACAAAACGGGGCCCCCAAGGGCCCAAAAAAAAAUUUUUGGUUGCCCCCCCCCCCCCCCCCCUCAUCUAAGGGUCUGGAUGAUAUACUAUUUAUUAUAUAAGACUCCAAAUACAUAAAACAUGUAUGUAUGACCGGCCCUCCCCCUCCCCCCUUAUCUCAAGGUCUGGAUCCGGCACUGAAAACACACCUCCAAAUUCCAAAUUGAGCAGCAGCACACUAUCAUUUUUAAUUAAAUUCUUGAGAACUCCUAAGUGCUUCAUGGGUAAACAAGUUUUAGUUUUUUUCCCCAUUUUCAGCAGAACAUUUAAAGCAGUUUCCCAAAUAUUAAACCAGUGGAUAAAAUCUUAAGUAUGGUGUUGCCAUUUUCAUGGAACAUGGUGUUUUUUGUUUGUCAGUAUUUUCUUUAAUGACAUUUGUGAUUGUUCUUGACUUUUGCUCAAUGUUGCCCUUGACAGUGAAAGGGUUAAAACUGCUCAUUGUAUCGGCAAGAUCUAGACCAUUCACUAGGUGUUAAGAGGCCAGAGAUGGGCAUCAACUGGUGCAAAUAAGUAAUUAGGCUUCACUAACGAGUUUCAAUUACACUAUAAACAAAGAUCUAUCUGUCUUGAUUCAAUGUUAUGUUCGUUACUGGUAGAUGAUAUUCUCUUGGGCCCAAAAAUGUUUGGUCACUUUCCUAAAUCUUUUCAUAAAACAGCUGGUUUGUGAUUCAUUUGUUUCAUCGUCAUUUUCAACUGAACAUGGAGACAUGGAUCAGGUUAAAAUAAACUUGUGACUGUGUUUUGUUUUUUUGGUUUUUUCUCACUUGGGAAAUUUUUUAUGCAAAAAGAAAAAAGGAAUUUUUCAAAGUUGCUGAAAUUUGGCCAAAUCACAAACAGGCUUCAAAGAGGUAUUACAAGAUACAAAAAAAGAGAGCAAAACAUGAUUGAAGCCCAGUAGAUCCUCACCGAGAAAAAUACUGUAAAAUUCCUAAAAUAAGCCCGUCCAUGUAUAAGCCCCUCCAAAUAUAAGCCCCCCAAACUCAUAACGCAAAAAACCCUCCGUUAAAUCGCCCGUCCAAAUAUAAGCCCCCCGGGGGCUUGUACUUGGAAAAUUGCCCUCAAAUAUAAAGUCAAACAAAGCCAAAACAGUAAAUUUACUUCCAACUAUAAGGCUACCCCAAUCAAGUUUGAAACGCAAAUUUCCCUCCGUAGAUAAGCCCUUCGAAUAUAAGCCCCUCCAAAAAUAAGCCUCUCAAAAAGAGCCUUUGAAAAAUAUAAGCCCCGGGGCUUAUUUUCGGAAUUUUACGGUAGAUCAUAAAUUAAUAUCUGACCCACUAAACAUCUGACUUAAAAAAACUACUUCUGCAGUCCCGCAGUUGUCCAAUUUGCAAAAUAAAUUCUGACAUGGACCACUGGAGUGCGGGACUGCCGGAGCGCUAGUUGUAUGCCCACUUAAUUAUCAUUAUUCAUCAACUGCAGGAGUGCGGGACUGCAGAAGCACUCAUUUUACUCACUUAGAUUUAAGUAUUUGGAAUACUAGAACAAGAGUGCAAGACUGCGGGCCUGUAGGACUGCAGUACUACUGGAGCAGUUUUUCAAGUAACACAUUUAGUAGGCUAGGUAUUCUCAAUCACUCCUUAUAGUGAAUAAUUCUGACACAUAAGAGACUUCUACAUAUAAUCUAACUACUUACAACUUAUGACCUUUGCAACACAACAACAGUGUACAGUUGCAUUUGCUCUCAAGUUCUUUAGUAAAAUUAAUUGGUGAAUAAGACUUACCUAUUUUUUCCCCUCGUUUUGCAGGGCACUUCUACUGGAGAACAGCAGGGCACUGGAAGUGGACGUGACAUAUUUUUGGAUAAGGAUGUAAUAAGAAGAAGCCUGUGGGACAGUUCACAAGAAAGCUACUGUAGAACGUUGCCUUUUAAAGCAUGAAAUUCACUCUUAAAUUUACAUUGUUUCUAUGAUUUCUGCUAGUGAAAAACUGGGAAAUAAUCAGUGAUGUUAAACAUAGACUUCCCAAGAAAUAACUCUGUUGAUUGUAUGUUUUCUAGGAUGAUCUCAGUGUGUUAAAACAAGUUCGUGAAGCGCUUGUUCGUUCCUUUCUUUCAUGCGCUUUCUUCGCGCACGCCCGUGACAAAUUGGUGCCAGAAUUAAAAGCAUACUUUUAGUUGUCUAAGCAANAGUACUACUGGAGCAGUUUUUCAAGUAACACAUUUAGUAGGCUAGGUAUUCUCAAUCACUCCUUAUAGUGAAUAAUUCUGACACAUAAGAGACUUCUACAUAUAAUCUAACUACUUACAACUUAUGACCUUUGCAACACAACAACAGUGUACAGUUGCAUUUGCUCUCAAGUUCUUUAGUAAAAUUAAUUGGUGAAUAAGACUUACCUAUUUUUUCCCCUCGUUUUGCAGGGCACUUCUACUGGAGAACAGCAGGGCACUGGAAGUGGACGUGACAUAUUUUUGGAUAAGGAUGUAAUAAGAAGAAGCCUGUGGGACAGUUCACAAGAAAGCUACUGUAGAACGUUGCCUUUUAAAGCAUGA